CCCACCCCACCUGCAUUGGGAUCCCUUCAUUUCACAUCGCAUAUUCCCCUUAUUUUAAUUUUAUGAUAUCAGGGAAUCCUGUAAUAUAAUUUACUCUAACUUCAGUCAUUGUCUCUGAUUCAAGUGUUAAAACAACUUUCCUCCUUCCCUAUUGGUUCAAUUCUUUUGCACCUCUUUCUGAAUCAGAGACACUAAAAUCAAGAAACAGGGUUUAUUGCAUUUGGGACACUGAAUUAUUGAAAAUUUAAGCCUUUUUUUUUUGAAAUAGUUAGCAUUUAAAUUAGUCUGUGUAGGGAAUCUUGAGAUCUGGGUUUGUGGGUUUGAUCAAUGGGGAGCUCAGAUGAAAGAAUUGUUGCUGUGAUAAUGGUGGGUGGGCCCACUAAAGGGACUAGAUUCAGGCCGUUGUCGUUGAAUAUCCCGAAGCCGCUUUUCCCACUGGCCGGACAGCCGAUGGUUCAUCAUCCAAUAUCCGCUUGUAAACGGAUCCCAAAUCUAGCGCAGAUCUAUUUGAUUGGCUUUUACGAGGAGCGUGAAUUCGCAUUGUUUGUAUCGUCGAUUUCUAAUGAGCUUAAAGUGCCUGUAAGAUACUUGAGAGAAGAUAAGCCACACGGUUCGGCUGGUGGACUAUAUAACUUCAGGGAUUUCAUCAUGGAAGAUGAUCCAUCGCACAUUUUUUUGCUGAAUUGUGACGUCUGUUGCAGUUUUCCACUGUCUGAAAUGCUAGAGGGUCACAAAAGCUAUGGUGGGCUCGGAACAAUUUUAGUGAACAAGGUUUCUCCCGAGUUAGCUAGCCAGUUCGGGGAACUCGUUGCGGAUCCUGUUACGAACGAGCUUUUGCAUUAUACCGAGAAACCCGAAACUUUUGUUAGUGACCGUAUUAACUGUGGUGUUUACGUAUUCACGCCGGAAAUCUUUACAGCUAUUCAAGGUGUAUCCACGCAACGUAAAGAAAGAGCUACUCUAAGACGUGUAACGAGCUUUGAAGCACUUCAACCUGCAAACAGGAAUCUUCCGACAGAUUUUGUACGAUUGGAUCAAGAUAUUCUAUCACCACUUGCUGGUAAGAAGCAGUUUUACGUGUACGAAACCAUGGAUUUCUGGGAACAAAUUAAAACCCCCGGAAUGUCGUUGAAAUCUUCUGGGCUAUAUCUCGCCCAAUAUAGAAUAAUCUCACCCGAUCUUUUGGCGAGUGGAGAUGGUUCGAAAAAUGCUACGAUUUCUGGCGAUGUGUAUAUUCAUCCAUCGGCGAAAGUUCAUCCAACUGCAAAGAUUGGUCCGAAUGUUUCGAUUUCGGCCAAUGCUCGGAUAGGAGCUGGUGUGAGGCUUGUGAGCUGCAUUAUUCUUGAUGGUGUUGAGAUUAAGGAAAAUGCCGUUGUAAUUCAUGCAAUUGUCGGAUGGAAGUCUUCCAUCGGAAGGUGGUCCAGAGUACAGGCUUCGGGUGAUUACAAUGCAAAGCUUGGGGUUACUAUUCUCGGGGAAUCUGUGACGGUCGAAGAUGAAGUUGUGGUGACAAACAGUAUCGUGCUUCCAAACAAGACUCUUAAUCUAAGUGUUCAAGAUGAAAUCCUUUUGUGAUACACACAAUCGACUAACUCUUCAUCGAAAAUAUGUUUGUUUUUAAUCCAUUAUUAUUAUUAUUAUUCAUUUGUUUUAAUUUAAUUAUUUCUCUAAUUUGUAAAAUGACAUCUUCUUUCAUUACAGUAAACAUAUGACAGAAUUCUUGCAUUGUUUUUCAUCCCCUAUUUUAUAUACUACAUAUAUAUAAGAUUGGCUAGAGUGGGGAGUUUUUUUUAA